UAGUCUGUGGGGGCAGGGGAGGAGGUGGGGGCCCGUAUUUCUUGGGCUAGUGAGGAACUGCCUGAGUCUUUUCAGUCUAGGCAGAGGAGGCAGGAGGCACUGGGGUGGGCUAGUCGCCUGGGCUGGGGAUGCCUGGGCAGAUGUGGAAGCGGCUGGAAAGGUGGCACUGUACUUGGGUUGCUGGCGCUGCGCUGUUCCUAGGAGACGGAGGAGCAGCAAGCCUGUGGGGGAGGGGGAGCAAGUGGGUUGCUGCUUUUAGCAGCUGAAAGGGCUGCAGGGAGCUCUGGGUAAGACAUUUUCUGCUGCUGCUGCUUCUGCGGUAGAAGCUGCCGCGAGUAAGUCAGAGGAAGGAGGAUCAAGAGGGGAGGAGGCUUCAUUUGCAGCUAUGCUGAAUCACUGUUGCUGAUCAGAUCUCCCGCUGGUUGGCUGGGAGAAACGAGAACAGGGCUAGGAUCCUCCAGUGCAUGCACAGCUCAGCGGCUGCCACCCUGGCUGGGCCUCACACAAUGGACGGUGAAAGCAUCAAGCUGAGCUCCCAGCCCCCAAUACAGGCUGGGGAUGACGAAAAGAACCAGAGGACGAUUACUGUCAACCCUGCCCACAUGGGGAAGGCGUUCAAGGUUAUGAAUGAACUGCGGAGCAAACAGCUAUUGUGUGACGUGGUAAUUGUGGCAGAAGAUGUUGAGAUAGAAGCCCACCGUGUGGUCCUGGCAGCCUGCAGCCCCUACUUCUGUGCGAUGUUCACAGGUGACAUGUCUGAGAGUAAAGCCAAGAAGAUAGAAAUCAAGGAUGUGGAUGGGCAGACCCUGAGUAAGCUGAUUGACUACAUCUAUACGGCCGAGAUUGAGGUGACUGAAGAGAACGUCCAGGUGCUGCUCCCAGCAGCCAGCUUGCUGCAGCUCAUGGAUGUUCGCCAGAACUGCUGUGACUUCCUGCAAUCUCAGUUGCAUCCCACCAAUUGCCUGGGUAUCCGCGCGUUUGCAGACGUGCACACCUGUACCGACCUCCUGCAGCAGGCCAACGCUUAUGCAGAGCAGCACUUUCCAGAGGUGAUGCUGGGGGAAGAAUUUCUUAGCCUAAGUCUGGACCAGGUGUGCAGCUUGAUAUCCAGUGACAAGCUGACCGUUUCUUCAGAAGAGAAGGUAUUUGAAGCUGUGAUUUCAUGGAUCAAUUAUGAGAAAGAAACCCGUUUAGAGCACAUGGCAAAGCUGAUGGAACACGUCCGUCUCCCUCUCUUACCGAGGGAUUACCUUGUCCAGACAGUUGAAGAAGAAGCUUUGAUAAAGAAUAACAACACCUGUAAGGACUUCCUCAUCGAGGCCAUGAAAUAUCAUCUUCUCCCUCUGGAUCAGAGGCUCUUGAUUAAAAACCCAAGGACGAAGCCCAGGACUCCAGUUAGCCUGCCCAAGGUCAUGAUCGUGGUUGGCGGCCAGGCACCCAAGGCCAUCCGCAGUGUGGAGUGCUAUGAUUUUGAGGAGGACCGGUGGGAUCAGAUUGCUGAGCUCCCCUCCAGGAGAUGCAGAGCAGGUGUGGUGUUCAUGGCUGGCCACGUGUACGCUGUGGGCGGCUUCAAUGGUUCACUGCGUGUGCGGACAGUGGACGUGUACGACGGGGUGAAGGACCAGUGGACGUCCAUCGCCAGCAUGCAGGAGCGCCGGAGCACGCUGGGAGCAGCUGUGCUCAACGACCUGCUCUACGCCGUCGGGGGCUUUGAUGGCAGUACUGGCCUGGCGUCAGUGGAAGCCUAUAGCUACAAGACCAACGAGUGGUUCUUCGUGGCCCCAAUGAACACACGGCGGAGCAGUGUGGGUGUGGGUGUCGUAGAGGGGAAGCUAUAUGCCGUUGGGGGUUAUGAUGGGGCUUCCCGCCAGUGCCUGAGCACCGUGGAGCAGUACAACCCAGCGACCAAUGAGUGGACAUACGUGGCAGACAUGAGCACUCGUCGCAGCGGCGCAGGCGUUGGGGUCCUCAGCGGGCAGCUGUAUGCCACAGGUGGGCAUGAUGGGCCCUUGGUGAGGAAGAGCGUCGAGGUUUACGAUCCUGGAACAAACACCUGGAAGCAGGUGGCAGACAUGAACAUGUGCCGGCGCAAUGCAGGGGUCUGUGCAGUGAAUGGGCUCCUGUAUGUGGUUGGAGGGGAUGAUGGAUCCUGUAACCUGGCUUCGGUGGAGUACUACAAUCCUGUCGCUGACAAGUGGACGCUGCUGCCAAGCAACAUGAGCACAGGGCGGAGCUACGCAGUGAUGGGCGAUGAAAAGUGGAUACUUACAAUAAUGUGGAACGGAAGAGAUCAUGGGGCAAGCGAAAUGAAUACCACCAACCACACCAAAGGCCGGUCUUCAUCCAAAGAAGGUGAUGUUGUGUAUAUGGUGGGAUUGGAAGGGAGUCCUCUAUUAUGAGCUCUUUCUGGAAAACCAAACAAUUCUAACAAGUACUGCUCCCAAUUAGACCAACUGAAAGCAGCACUCGAUGAAAAGCGUCCGGAAUUAGUCAACACAAAAUGCAUAAUCUUCCAUCAGGAUAACGCAAGACUGCAUGUUUCUUUGGUGACCAAGUAAAAACUGUUACAGCUUGGCUGGGAAAUUCCGAUUCAUCCGCUAUAUUCACCAGACAUUGCACCUUCGGAUUUCCAUUUAUUUAGGUCUUUACAAAAUUCUCUUAAUGGAAAAAAAUUCAAUUCCCUGGAAGACUGUAAAAGGCACCUGGAGCAGUUCUUUGCUCAAAAGAUACAAGGUUUUGGGAAGGUGGGGUUAUGCGGUUGCCUGAAAAAUGUCAGAAGGUAGUGGAACAAAACGGUGAAUACGUUGUUCAAUAAAGUUCUUGGUAAAAAUGAAAAAUGUGUCUUUUAUUUAUACUUAGAAACUGAAGGAACUCUUUGGCCAACCCAAGAACUCAGCUCCUUGUAUUUGGUUCUCCAGAAACUGGAAGAAUUAGAGCUAACGUUUAUUUAUUGAGCAUGGACAAUGUGCCAGGCAUCCUCCUAAGUAUUUAUGACCAUUAUCAUGUAUAAUCUCCGUCAUAACUCCAAUGGUACUCUUAUUCCGUUUUCCAUCUUGUUUGGAUUUCAGUGCAAAGGAAGAUUAUGCCAUGCGGGCUCAAAGGGGUUUGUAUCGCAUUCUGUCUGUGCAAGGCUUCCAUUAAUGAACUUAUUUAAAUUUUUUUUUCUCAUUUAGGAUUUUUCUCAAUUAAAUAGAAAAGAUUUUAGAGGCAUUUUGGUCCUAGAGUGAUUCUGUUCUCAUGGUUAAUUAUUAAAAACUAGCACUGUCAUUUUCUCUCCAAAGCUGAAGUGGGAAGUACAGGACAUUUUCCUGUAUGAGGCAGUGAGGCCAGUGAGCGAUCCCACCUUGCCUCCACGUGAGCCUUAAUGAGAGGGGAAGGUGCAGGUGUGAGUAGUUAGAAUUUUGUGUCAGUGCUGAAUAUUUCAUGUCCAUUUCUUUACUGUUUGCCCACCCCAUAAGUAGGUGGGAAGGAGAUGAGCAGAGGUGCGAUUUGUGUUCAAACCCAUUGACUGAGUGAAUCUCUUUUCUUAGAAUCUAUGGAUAUGGCCUAAAAUGCAAAGAUUUAUGGACAAAGUUAUUUACUGGAGCAAAAAACUGAGAAUUACUUAAUGUCUGACAUGAGGGAAAUAGCUAAAUAAGUUGUGGAAUAUUUAUACAGUGGACGUGUUUUUAAUAUGAGAAGAUGUUUGUGACAGAGUGGUUGAGAAAAGGAUGAUGCAAAAUGUAUGUACCGCGUGAGCUCAGUUGAGCAGUCCUGGGUCAUGGGGGUUAGAGUAGCUCCUGCUUACAGAAAUGGAUACUGGAGUCACAUCUGAAUUUGAGUCCCAGCUCUGCCGCUAGCCCUGGAACUCUGGGCAAGGUAGUCAGUCUGACCUAACCUCUGUUUUCUCAUUUGUAAAAUGAGAAUAAAAUCAUAUCAAGUCUCUUAGGGCUGUAGUGAGAAUGAAACGUGAUAAUACACGGAAAGCACUUAGCACAGUGCCUGCCUGGCAGGUAGAAGCCACUCAGUCAAUGAUUGUGGUUAUUAUUAGUAAAGCCAGGAAAUAUUCCAAAAGAGCUAACGGUGACUCUCUUUGUAUGUAGGGAUUAAAGUUCUUUUUCUUGGUGUUCUUCUGUGUUUUCCAAAAUUUCCAUAAUGAGAAUAUUUUAUUUUUAGAAUCAGAAGAGAAAGUUUAUAUAAGAAGCAAUACAGGAGCCUGCUUUUUAAAGACAUGCUCCCUUGAGAAAGAGGAGCCUCAGGUGCAGGCAAGAUGUUCUCAAGGUCAGGCAGCACACAUCUGGGUCUGAGGACUUGGGUUCUCCCCACUUCUAAUCUUUUAUGUCUGUGGCUUUAUCCAGGAAUUAACAUGAAAUGCAUGUCUUAGCAGAAUGUCACCAUUGGAGUGUCCUGGGCUUUCUUUUAGCAACGUUCUCUCAAUCUCAUUUUCAACCAGAAGAUUUGAUAGUGGUGGUAAUAUGUUAAAAUAAGGCUCCUAGUUACACCUUAACUAUAAGUUAGAAUUUGGUUCAGCUGCAGGUACCAGAAAAACUGACAGAUACUUGCUUAGAUAAGGAAGUAUCUUUUUUUGUAUGUAUGUAUUUGUCCCAGGCAGAAAGGAGUCCAGGGCUGGCCUGGUGCCUCAGAGUGUCAUCGAAGAAUCAGGUUUCUCUUGUGUCUUCUGUUCUGCCAGCUUUAUGAAUAGCUGCUGCUGCUGCCCCUUGCACCUUGCGUGAGCUUCUUCCAGGCAGGACGAGGAAGAAAACCAAAGUUGCAGCACUGGCAGACUUGUAGUUACAAUCUCAUGGGCCAGGAUUGGGUCACAUAGCACCUCCAGCUGCAAGGUAGUCUGGGAAGCUGACCUCAUAACUUGCUGGUCUCUAUAGCAGAGGACAGCAAGUAGAAGGGAUGUUGGAUGAAUCAGCCUAUAGUAUCUGCUGCAUAACUGUAACUGCUUACAAGCAAGAUUUUAGGCUCAUAAGUUAGCUGUUGAGUAUGGUUCAACCUGGCCAAAACAGUAACACAUACAGACAUGUCUAGACUGUUUAUCCAAGUAUAGAAUUUAGCAUUGGAGGGGUCUUUCAGUUAGAAAAUAUUGAAUAUAUGGGAAUGGAGCCUGAAGAGGUACAUGGACUUGCCUGAAGCCACAAUGCAGUUUGACUGGUGGCAGAGCUAGGAUGGGAAUUCAGUUGUUCUUGCUACCAUGAAGUCAGUCUAUUGUUCUUUCUACUUCAUUUCAGUGUCUUCUAAAAGGAGACAUGUAUCACUCAUCACUUCUCUUAAAGUGAUACAGAUCUAGAGCUGUGAGGUUUCCAGUGCGGGUGCCGAGUGUCAUUACAGUGAGUGCUGGGGUUGGGAAGGGGAGUCACUACGAUACGAUGUGAGUCGGUGUGAUGAUGCGGGGUGAGAUCACUCACCUGUGGUGUUGAGGGACUGUGCUCUGUGUUUAACCAUCGUGUGGAGACGUGGCUGUUAGAGCGGGAAGCAGCCGGCUGCUGGCAGCCUGAGUCCACGGACCCUUCAGUGUUUGGGUACAAAUCGCGCCCAUUUCCCUUGGCUGUGGCUUGGGGUGUUGUGGGUCACGAACUCCUUGUGACUCUGAAUAAGUUCGGAGAAGCUAAGAUGGUAACUUUCUCCCCCUUUCGUCUUAGGUGUUGCUGUGAUUCACAAGCCCUUGUGACCCCAACUCCCGCUGCCAGGAGGUGGAGGAAGGGAGGGGUGCUGCCUGUGACUUGGCACAGUGGGACCACGCUGGCUGGGUGCCACUCGCUGCCGGAGUCUGCAGAGGAGCGGGGACCGCCCUCCUCCAACUUGGCAGUGUCGUCAGGGUGGGAAGACAGUGACCCACCUCCUGCUCCCGCAAGGUGUUUCGUCCUCUGCCCUGAGCAGUGGGCUCCUGAUAGCUCCGGCUGCACCUUUGAACGUUCUUUUGUGUGUUUCUACAGGGACAUCAGAGAACCUGGAACCUGUGUGUGUGUGUGUGUGUGUGUGUGUGUGUGUGUGUGUGUGCAGAACGUGGUGAUUCACUAAAUUGGGGGGAGGUGAUGGUCUGCUCCAUUUCUAUACUACUGAUCCUUCCGCUAUGCUAAAAAUCAAAUCACAGAAACCUCUCUUAUGGAUUUGCCCCAUGGGGACCUUGAGACUACUAGAGCUGUUGUCUACUGGAAGUGCAGUUGGACAUACCGGGAAUGUCCAGAAAUGACCAGGCCCAUGUACUGGCCUAGACUACUGGCAUUGUCUGCAGAAGAGUGGGGUGUUCUCGAAGCUGCCCCGUGUCCUCUGUGUGCUAGAACUAGGACCACAGGUUCUCUAGCCCCUCAGCUGGGUGCUCUUCCUUGGGCUCUUCUGGAACUUCUUAUCAGAACUGCCCAGUCUCUGGGCUACUGAUCUUUGAGGUCAAGGAUUCCAGGUUUGGGAGAUUUCGUGUCUCUUCAGCUGGGAAAACUAGCUCUUCAGAGAAGCACUGAGUAACACACUGGAGGAAAAAAAUACAUGAAAAACAAAAACACAAGAAAACCAAGUGGUAAGGCUUCAGUCCUUGUCCAUAGUGGUCCCAGAGAGGAUCCUAGUUCUGGGUUUUCCUGGGAUAGGACAGUCCCUGUUUAUACUUAUUAUCCAGGUUUAAUUUUUCAGAGCAUCCCGUUUUACUCUCAAAAGUGUUCUGGUUUGGAGGCUAAGUAAAAGAUCACCAUACCUCCAAACCCAAAGAUAGGUUUGUCCCUGCACUGGAUGGGGUCACAUGUGAUUUACAUGGACAUGGAUGAAUUCAAAGGGGUGUAUACUUGGCACCCUGGGCCUGGCCCUCGGCAGUCGGUCCAGUCUGUCUCACAUCCUUGUCUUCCUUUCCUUGUGCUCUUCCCCCAUUCCAGGCCUGUACCCUCUCGCCAAUCCUCAGAACUUCCCCCUCCUAGCUUCCCCCGCGAGGGAGGACAUGGUGGUGGGCCCUGAAUGUGUGAUCUCUCUCAGGAGUACUUGCAUUUUGAGAGAGGAGCUUGAAGAAAGUUUUGCUAAUUCACAGGUAAAAAUGAUUAAUGACAGACCUUCAGGCAUCCGGAGGAGGGUAUUUGAGGGCUCAGGGAGUCAUUUGCAUUUAAAAAAAAAAAAAAAGAACCUUAAA